ACAUUUAAGCGAACCGACUGUUUUUUUUUAAAUAAUAGAGUGCAUUGAAGGUUUGUAGGCUAAUUAGCUAAUGAAGAAUUUAUUUUAAUUCUGUUCUCAUUUUUGUGCUUUUUUAUAUUUGUGAAUGAACAUUUUCUUUUGGGUGUUGUGAUAUAUUUUUGAAUAAUUUUAUUUGAUUUUCGCUUCAAUUUUAUUUUCGAAAAGAUGGCUCAAUCAUUUGCUUCAACAUUGGAGCCUUUUAGGAAAGGCACAUCGUUCACCCAUUGGGUGGAACGAUUAGAUUUCGUUUUCAUGGCUAAUAAAAUUCCAGAAGCUGAACGUAAGGCCCAUUUUGUUACUUUGGUGGGACCGUACGUUUACUCAGAACUCAAACUUUUAUUUCCGACUGGUAGUUUAACGGAUGUACCGCUAAAUACUAUGAUAGAAAGACUUAAAAUGAGAUUAGAUAAAACUGCCUCUGGCGUUUGCCAACGUAUUUCUUUUAAUCAGCGUAUUCAAAACGUUGAUGAAUCAGCGGAAGAUUUUCUGCUUGCACUUAAACUGCAGGCUGAACUGUGUGCUUACGGUGCGUUUAAGGAUACGGCAAUACGAGAUCGUUUGCUGGCUGGUUUGAAAGACGUUAUGCUUAAGCAGAGAAUUCUAAGCGAAGCUGAUCAAACCCUCGAGUCUGCGGAAAAAAUUAUACAGACCUGGGAAGCGGCAAAAAACAAUGUUAAAACUUUAUCUUCUGAACCAUUUUCUAUUCACAAUGUCGUUUCUAUGGCUUCAAAUGGAAAUACAAUGGGGAAAGCUAUGGGUAAACUGGCAGCGGCAUAUAAUGCUGCCAAUAAUCCAAUUCCUCAGAAACAAAAUAGCAGAUUACCAGUAAAAGAUAGACUAGGGUUUAGGCCAUACGGAAAUCCUCGAUAUCAAAAGCAUUUUGGAUAUAAUAGAUAUCAACAGAAAAAUACUUGGAAACCAAAUAGCAAUUUUAAGCCGGCAGACUUUCGAGAAAGCUUUGAAACUAGAAUUUGCGAUUUUUGUGGGUUAAAAGGACAUUUGAAGAAACGAUGCUUUAGGUUGAAAAAUAUGAAGAAAGAGGCCGUCAAGCUGGUGGAGCAAAUGAAACCUGGGACGUCAGGUACGAGCACGCAGAAUAUUUCAGAUUUGAUGAACCGUAUGAGGACUGAGGAGUCUGACAACGAUGAUUCAGACGAAGGUGGAAAUUGGAAACGUCAAGGUCACCGCACAUCGAAGUCAACUUAGGGUGGUAAAUUCGAACUUAAUGGCUCGGCCGAAUCUUCAUUUUCCUGUUACUGUGGCAGGAUCGGCGACAACAAGAAAUGACGUGGACGAAGAAGACUUUCGAGGUUUUUCUAAUGAAGAAUUAAAGAAAACUCGAAAAAGGAAACAGUGUGAAAUUUCAUCUUCGCCAAUUAGGCGAUCGAAAAGAUUAAGGAUACAAAAAAAAGAUAAUGAUUAUGUAUAUAGCUUAUUAACUGAAUUAAACAGAAUUGAUUAAUGUCAA